CAGGAAUUGCCCCAUAUUAGUAGUGCGUACGUGCGUACCGACAUGUACAUCGGUAUAAUGUUCGAGCUAUCCAUGUACAAUUGUCGAGCAAGUUGUGUCGGGCCUGUCAAGGACAUGUGCAUCGUUUUGCCUGCGUGUGGGCGCGCGUGUGCGAUUGAUGAUGGCCAAUUUGAGGGAGAAGAGCGUCGAGUCAGUCACAGUACGCCUUUGCAGGAUGGUGGACAGCAUGCAACCACGCAUACUGAACACAGUGCGACUUCUUGGCGCCCAGGUCUUGCCAUACUUUCGCCGCCCCCGGACCAGAGCAAGAUGCCGUCUUUGGCCGUGGCCGCAGUGGUCGCCGUGGUCGCCGUGGUAGCGCACGUACCGAGGAUCCCCAGCUUUGAGCUCUGGGAGUUGAGACAGGAGCCGAGCGACCACAAGGUUGUUGGACAAGCAUACGAACACCCAAGGCAGGAAUCGAGGAUGCUGUGGACGCAGGCGGCAGACGGCAGACCAGAGACCAAAAUCCGUAGACAAGGAUUGGGACGCUGCGGCCACCCGAGACCAGCCAUGCAUGUUUCCAUAACGAGCAGAAAGGGGCCAAAGACAUUCCAGCAGCAACGCGAGGAGCCAGACAACGGAAAGCAACAAGGCGACAACAGGCGUCAAUAGGCGUCACCCGUCAGUUUCAAUCCGUCCAUCAAACAUGGCAUCACCGACAUGGUCGAGGCCCGGCACAGGCGAGUCGGGGCCAUCUUGCUGGAGUGGGAGGAUUUCCAACGGGUGGAGCCGAGCCCGCCCACU